AUUGACCUCCAGCGAUGGUUCGAUGCAUCACAUCUUCACUUUUUCUCCCCGUCUUCGUGGUCGAUGCCGUCCCAAUUUCCCGUGGGCUGGUGACCCCGACCUCGCCUGUACCCGCACCUGGUUGGUGUUCAAUAUUCUCAAUCGAUGGCCAGGGUUUGUACACGCACAAGAUAUCAGUUCUCCAUCCUGGAGUACGAGAGUGGCUCUCCGAGGGCUGUCAAGGAGACGCUCUGAUGCAGGCUCGCGGAGUGUCGAUCCUAGGUCCGUGGGAUGGCUGUGCUAUACACAGUAAUGAAGCCGACGCCUGGCGGUACGGGGUCCAGAAAUUAUCCAGAGGUGAAAGACCAGGAGCGCUUCCUCUCCACCACCUCUUUCCUUUCACCAUAUUUCCCGGUCUUUCGCCAUUGAGUGGCGUCCGAAGCUUACGAGAAAUACCCGAUGAUGGCCGACCACCGCCUCCAAUUACGCGCUGCCGCAGGUUGGCAGCUAGAUCUGCAGACGUUGAUGCAGUCAGAAGAUGCGUCGAGAAGCUUGGUUGCCGCGCUUGCGUUCCUCGUAUGGGAUAUCUUAAUUACACUGGAUGACGAGGCCGUGCACAUAUGGAUGACGGAAUUUCAACCCUUGAAGAUCCUAUAUAUAUUCACGCGUUAUUACUCUGCCCUAGCAUUAAUUAUAGUGAACACUCAAACACUAUCAUGUAAAGGAUGGGUCAUCAUUGAGGGUACAUCAGCAGUGUUGCUGGAGAUCGCGGUCGAGACCAUCUUAAUCUUACGAAUAUACGCAAUGUACACCGCAAACAGACGCCUCUUAUACGCCCUGAUAUUCGGGCUCGUCGUGCAGGUGACCAUCAUGGUGGCAGCUCUUGGUGCGAGCCUCCCCCAGCUCAAGGACUCGCCGCAAUGCGCAGAGUUGGUCUUCCCCACCGGUAUAAUAGCCUACAGCAUUGCCUGCAUCACCUUUGAAAGCCUACUCCUUGGCCUCACACUAAACAAAUACUUUACCGCCAUCUCUGAGGGCUGGGGGGGUGUAAUGCUCCUAAACAUCCUUGUGCGUGACGGCGUCUGGGCGUUUGCCCUGCUCUUCAUCGCAAACGUGGCGAACACCCUCUUUUUCACGAUAGCCCCCGCGACGCUGGCGGCACUCGGCUUCCCCUGGCUUCUCGUGAUUCUCGGCGCGCUAGGCCCGCGCCUCAUCCUCAACAUCCGACGCGAACACAGUCGCACGCUAUCAUCCUCGUCGUUCGAUGACGCUGACAUGCAGCUCCCGAUGGCGGCGUACGUAGCCGCUAACACGGAUGACACUGGCGACUGGAGCUCUGACUCGCAUGCGCACGCGUCGCGGUCGUCGUUUGCCUCGUGGCAGUCGGUACUUUUGUGGAGGCGCGUAGAUGUGCCUUAGCGGGCCAAGAGUGUAGCUGCGGGCCAGCGCGAGGAGCUGUACUCACGACAUUAUGA